AUGUCUCCGGAUUGGAAAUCCACUUCAACGCAUUGUAGGAAUCACUCUCUAGAAUUAGACUCCCUUUAUCCCUCCACGCCGAUUUCUAAAACAAAUCUAGCCCAGCAUGAAUUGCUUUUAACUCAGCAAGGAUCGGGGGGCUUGGUCCGUUCUCCAGAAGAUAAUCGUAAUGAGGCUACAACUCUCGAAGAAAACCUAGGUCAGGCACUGGCUCCAGCAUCAUUAUCAGUGGAGAAAGUCAGUCAUGAUGAAAUGGAGGAACAUACCCAUUUAUACCCAAAACUUGGAGAAGAAUCGAAUGCAUUGGAGCAAACUGACAUCCAACAACAUUCACCUAAUUUGGGUGGUGAGAGAAAAGCUUCUGACAAUAGUGAGGGGCCAGCAAAUAGUACUAGUGACAGUGGCAGUGAUAGUGACAGUGACAAUGAUAGCAGUGACAGUGGAAGCCACAACAGAGGUGCAAGCCCAGCAGCAAGUGGGAGUGGUAGUAGCAGUGAUAGUGAAAGUGAUGCUUCUUCCAAUAGCAAGGAAGGGUCUGAUGAGGAUGUAGAUAUAAUGACAAGCGACGAUGACAAAGAGACAAAGCAGGAUAUACCAACAUCUGAACCAGGACUUUUGACUUCACCUGUAACAUGGCAGGCAGAACAUGACAGGUCUCUGCAGAACGGAAUGGAUGAAAAUCAUGAUGAUGAUGGAUCUGAUGCAGUUGAUAUUGAAGGUAAUGGAUCGGAUGCUGUUGACAUUGAACAAGACUUGCCUGAAGAUGAACAGGAAAUCGAAAUGGCUGCCAACACAAACAAAGAAUGUGAGAAACAUGAGGAAGGAACAAAACCGUCGUCAUCUGAUCAUGAUGAAUUCCAGGGGUGCCAAAAUUUCAUAGGGAAUUUGUUUGAUGACACAGAAAACAUGGUUACGGAUAACAUAAGGAAUGAACAAUCUGAUUACUCGGUGAAGAGCAAAGGUAAAUCUAAAAGGGGAUCUGAUUCGAAGCACAUUUAUGAGAAGUCUAAGCAUUCUAAAAGAUUGAAGUUUGAAAGCAUAUCUCAGUCACUUGUCUCUGGGAGUAGAGAUGCAGAGUUAUUUGGCAGUAGUAGACCCAUAGAGGAGCCUUACCAAAGCUCAAAUAAAGGUGACAAGGACUAUGCUGACUCUCAAAAGGGAUACAAUCAGGUGUUUCCCAGGAAAUCUAGUACAUAUUUUCACCAAUCAUGUCGAAAGUCAUCUGAUCCAGCUGCUUGGACUAAAGCUGGUAAUACAGCUGAAAGGCCUUUGAAACAUACUGAGAGUUCAAUACCUGGUAGUAAGUUCACUGCGAAAAAUGUGCAUGAAGGUUAUGUCAUUCAAAAAGAUAACCCUUCUAGGGACACCCAAAAUGAGGACGGUUUAAUGAAGGGAAAAAAUUCACUGACAAAUCCUAAAAGUGGUGCUCGAGGUAAAGAUGCUGUGCCUUCUGAUUUCCAGCACAUGAAACAUGGCGAAACUGUUGGAAAGUCCAAGGACUCUGGACAUAUUUCUGGCUCCUAUAUUAAUUAUUCUCUGAAGGAUAACAACAGGGUUAGUGAAGAUAGAUAUCCGACUAAUGGCAAAAGCAACGUUCUCCAACGAGAGCUUUCACAUUUGGAGUUAGGUGAGAUUCGUGAGCCGCUGAUUGGGGAAACUCCUACCAAGAAGCAAUUUGAAAGUUAAGCUUCUGUUAAACAGUCAAGU